AGCUGCGGCAGCUACUUGUCCGCGUUUUGAGCUACAUCAGUCCCAGCCAGGUAACUCAUCCAUCUAAAUGCCUAUUGAUUCAUUCUUCUUCCAGUAGAAAUGGUUGGAGAGCAAUGGGCUAGAGGCGUCCACUGCUUGCAUGAUGGAGCUCUUGCGCUCAUAUUAUUUCCCCAACAUGGAUGCAUAAGAAGGAAAUAUUUUUUUCUACUCUUUUCGCUUGGAUUCAAUAGCUCCCCUAAUGCAGGAUAUCAUUUCGUCAAGGUCUAUCUUCCGGGAGCAGAGACGUGAUUUAUCCUUUGCUCUCAUGGCUGCUUCCUCAGGUCAUUUUUCAUCUAAACAGUAGUGCAAAAUUGUGGUGUUUAAGAAGCACGUAUACUUGUCACACUUUCUAAGUGAAGUGGAGAUUCCUGGAGAGCUUCUCUUGGACGAGGGCUGCAACAUCUUGCAAGUGCAAUGCGGAGCUCUGAGGGACCAUUUCAAGGCCAACUAUUGCCGGCUGCAAAGCCUCCAGGAAGCGCAGACGGACAAAGACGUGGUCUCUUUGCGAGAAAACGUCCACAAACUAGAAGCCGAGAAAGAACACAUGUCAACAAAGGUCUCCAAAUUGCGAGCCAAGCUCCAAGAACCAAAGCGAGCUUUAGCUACCGAGUCAGGGAAGCACGGGAAAGCACUGCUCAAGCUCGAGUACAUGCAGGUCCUAGUGAACACCACCUCCCCUCAUGAGCGAAAGAAUUGCUCAGGAAAUAUCAGUGCUACGCUAUUCCUGUUGAUUUACCCUGUCUCUUGCAAGCUCUUUUCAGGAGUUGGCAGAAAAACAGCGACACCAGACGCCCUCGACAAAGUUUUGAAUGAUCCCAACUACAACGAUGACAAAAUCUUGCGAGUUCCUUUUCUUUGUUGCAAUGGAGGUGCUUUCAACACAGGCAAAGCUUGUAUCAGCAAACAACGAGCUCAAAUCUCUGAGAAAACGGAAACGAGCUCUCCCCCAACGGAGACUAUGUUAUUCGUAAACUGGUGUUGGCAUGAAAAAAGACUGUACUAAAAACAAGCCAUGGGGCAUUUAGUAGA